AUGACUGAUAGUGCCCCUCAAUCAGAAACUGAGGCUUAUGGUUUGCUAAGGACGGCUUAUUUUGAUAGUGGUGAACCUGAUGAACCGCCAUCUGAUCACACUGGAGGAGAGCCUGUACAUGGUGAACAUGAUGAACACUCGGAGUUUAGGAAGAAGGUGAGAGAUGCUGAAACUCCAUUGUACUUGACAUGUAGCAAGCACACCAAAGUUUCUGCGAUCAUGGCCCUUUACCGCAUCAAAGUAAAGAGUGGAAUGUCAGUGGCUUACUUUGAUCAGCUACUGUCGACAUUACAUGACAUGCUACCGGAAGGCAAUGUACUACCAAAGUCGACUGAUUCGAUUAAGAAGUUCUUGAAGAUUUUUGGGCUUGGCUACGAUAUGAUUCAUGCGUGCAAGAACGAUUGUAUUCUCUAUAGGAAGCAAUAUGAGGAGUUGGAAACCUGCCCACGAUGUAGUGCUUCUAGAUGGGAAAUUGAUAAGCACAAUAAUGAAGAAAAGAAAGGAAUUCCAGCAAAGGUCCUAAGGUAUUUUCCGAUCAAAGACAGAUUCAAGAGGAUGUUUAGAUCAUCAAGGAUGGCUGAGGAUUUGCGAUGGCAUGCCAACAAUGCCACUGAAGAUGGUAUAAUGCGACACCCUGUUGACUCGUUAUCUUGGGCUCAAGUGAAUAAUAAGUGGCCAGAGUUUUCUAGUGAAGCAAGAAACCUUCGACUCGGUCUGUCAACCGAUGGUAUGAGCCCUUUCUCUCUCCAGAACACAAAGUAUAGUACUUGGCCGGUGUUGUUAGUCAACUACAACUUGCCACCAACUCAGUGUAUGAAGGCUGAGAACAUCAUGGUGACUAUGUUGAUCCCUGGACCGACGGCUCUGAGCAACAACAUUGAUGUAUACGACUCAUUCCUGAAAGACAAGUUUACACUAAAAGCUAUGUUGUUGUGGACUAUAAGCGACUACCCGGCUCUAGGGACUUUGGCAGGUUGCAAAGUUAAAGGGAAACAAGCAUGCAAUGUUUGUGGAAAGGAUACACCAAAUAGGUGGCUCAAGUUUAGUCGCAAGAAGAGCAAUGUCUUGUCAGAAGAGCAGGUGGCUGAAGACGAAGAAAAUGACGAAACGAGUGAUCAAUGGAGGUGGAAGAAACGAUCAAUAUUCUUCGAUUUACCCUACUGGAAGGAUUUGCCGGUGCGUCACAACAUCGAUGUCAUGCACGUGGAAAAGAACUUGUCUGAUGCAUUAUUAUCAACACUGAUGCAGAGUGCUAAGUCAAAAGAUGGCCUCAAAGCGAGACAGGACUUAGAAGAUAUUGGAAUCCGGAAAAACUUGCACACACAGGUACGGGGAAAGAGAUUCUACUUGCCUCCAGCAACUUAUUGGCUCAGUAAGGAAGAGAAAAAGAUAUUUUUUCAAAGGUUGUCUGCGUUCAGAGGCCCUGACGGCUACUGUGGUAAUAUUGGUAACAGUGUUUCAAUUAACCCUCCUUCGAUUGGGAGUCUUAAGUCCCAUGAUCAUCAUGUACUAAUCCAAAAUCUGUUACCUGCUGCGUUACGAGGGUUGCUUCCUAGAGGACCAAGAGUGGCAGUAACUCGAGUAUGUAAUUACUUCAACAGAUUGUGUCAGCGUGCUAUUGACGCGGAGAAGCUGAUAACUUUGGAAAAUGAAUUUGUGGAGACAAUGUGCCAACUCGAGCGGUUUUUCCCUCCAUCGCUCUUCGAUAUCAUGUUCCACCUUCCUUUACACCUAGCAAGAGAGGCACGUUUAGGAGGUCCUGUGCACUUUCGUUGGAUGUAUCCAUUUGAGAGAUACAUGAAAACACUGAAGGCAUAUGUAAAGAAUUUUGCUAGGCCAGAAGCAUGUAUGGCUGAGGGGUACUUAGCUGGAGAAUGCAUAGCCUUUUGUUUAGAGUUCCUGAAAAGUGUUGUACCAGUUGAAGAAGUACUUAACCGUAAUGAAGAUCUUCAGUCUGAUGGAAUGGUUAUUGAAGGUCGACCACUGCAAAAGGGAACAGAGGUUAUUCUUUCAGAGAAAGAUAGAGACAUAGCACAUCGAUAUGUUUUGAUGAAUAUGGCUAUUAUGGAUCUGAUGAACUUACAAGAACUGCAAGAUAAUGAUGUUCGAUUAGCAACAAAUGAAACUUUGUUAUGGAAGCAUCACACCCAACAAUUUGCUGAAUGGGUGAAGAAUAAGAUACCUUCUAACUCAAAGGAUCAUUCUACGAAGCUGAGGUGGUUGGCCUUUGGACCAAGGUUUACUGCUCAUACCCAUAAAGGUUUUGUCAUUAACGGGAACCGAUUUCACAUACAAUCCGUUAAACGAAAGACUCAGAAUAGUGGAGUCACUUACGAAGCUUUCAACAUGUGUAAAUCUUCUGCAAGAGAUACAAGACAUACAGCCGAUAUGGUCACAUAUUAUGGAGUGAUAACAGAGAUCAUUCUCCUCGACUACCACAUGUUCAGCGUUCCUUUAUUCAAGUGUAAUUGGGCGAACAGAGGCUACGGUGUUAAGGAAGAAGAUGGUUUCACCCUUGUCAAUCUUCAUGUCAACCAAACGCCAUAUUUACAAGAUCCAUACAUUCUACCAUCACAAGCAAAACAUGUAUUUUACUCUAGAAGAUGAAGAAUCGCCAUGGUAUGUUGUUAUGAGAGCACCACCUAGAGGAUAUCAUGAACUCGAGACAGAGGAGGACGUUGUCGGAGCACCAUUACCCGC